AUGGGUGUACAAGGUUUGCUACCACUGCUUCGGAGAAUUGCUCCUGAAAGUAUUCAAUCAAUUGCAGUAAGCGCGUUUUCAAACUUAUGUCCAGUCGUUGCCAUUGACGGAACAUUACUACUUAUGAGGAACUUUCGGUCACAGUAUUGUCGAAGACAAAAAAUAACGCCAAUUGUUGUAUUUGAUAAUCCAAUUCCGAAUGAAUUUAAAGCACAAGAACACGAAAAAAGGAGAUUAACACGAGCAAAUCUUUUGAAAGACCGUGAUAAUAUCCUUAAACGCGAAUUGAUUCAAAAUAAUCUCGAAUUAGUUUUGCUCAGUCAGGCAAGCCCAUGUACCGUUUCUAAUUCUGAGAUGCUUCUUUAUUCUAUGGAUAACUUGCUUGAAGAGUUGAGUAUAGAAGAAUCAUAUAUUACUAUACCAUCGAAGCAGAAAGAUUUAGAAUCCACCCAAAAGCUCCCGGAUGACCAAAACCCUUCGUCGGAUCUCAUAGACAAAAAAGAGAAAAAGAAGAAAUUAGAAAAGAUUGAUGAACUAUAUAAUCAAUUGAUGAGUGUACUUAGCGAUUUCGGCCCUUGUUCGGACGUUAAAGCGUACCUUGAAACAGUGAGGCCACGUAUUGAUUUACAAGACUUGAGAUUGUGUAUCCGAUAUUUAUUUGGAAAACUUGAUCUAGUUUCUUUGCGGGAUUAUAGACUUAAAACAAAGGCAGAAUUGGAAAAAUACGACCGUCGGCUUUACUCCCCAACUAGACAACAUUUCGAGGAGUUAUUUGAAUUGUUAAAAAUUCUUAAUAUCCCGGUGACUUAUGCUCCUGUGGCGGUUGAAGCUGAAGCAUUUGCUUCUGCUAUAUAUAAAAAGAAUUUGGCUGCUGUAGUUGCUACUCAGGAUACGGAUACAUUGGCAUUGGGUGCUCCUAUGGUAACAAAUUUUUUAGAUAACUCAGAAUUGUUUUACCGAUUUUUUACCUAUUUGAACCCUUUGCGAAUUUGCAAUAAUCUAAAAAUUUCCCAUAGACAAUUUCAAACCUAUUGUCUAAUGUGUGGAACUGAUUUUUCUACUCGAAUUCCACAAAUUGGCCCAGUACGUGCUCUAGAGCUCGUUCAGAAGCAUAAAGAUAUUUCAGCUGUUUUAAAUGAUUUGUCGCUUUCCAACAAAUAUAAUGUACCAGAAGACUAUGAGAAAAAAAUGCAUAUCGCCCUAAAACGGUUCACUAAUUUACCAAGCAAAAACGAGUUAUUUCAGUUUAUUAACGCUAAUCCAAAAAGCUUUCUACAAAUCUCCGACUCUUACUAUUUGGAACUAGAGAGUCAAGCAUUAAAGCUCUUUAAUUUAGAGUCCGAUUAUGUUCAGCGAAAUGUUCAUGAGUACUAUUUUUAA